AUGGAUGACGCUGCGAGUUUCCUGCUUCUGCUUCCGCCUCCACCAUCACCUUCAACCAUCCCCGCUCUCAAGGAAUUGUAUGGCGAUACACUUACUCAGGUCUUGAAAGAGGCAGAUCUUGCCUCCAAGGACUCUGUGCAACCAUCUGUCCUUGACAUUGCUUUGGCCAUCCCUCACUUGACUGCUCAAGCUGCCAUCCCAAGGGCCGAACUAUAUGCUCCAACUCAGACCAUUCUCGCUGCAGUCUACAAACUCAUCUGCCUGAUUGCUGCACAAGAGAAAGUCAAUGUUGAGGACGCAGAUGGUGUCGACGUCCGUAUUCUUCCAGUUGCGUGGUCAACCCAAUCGACUUUCGAUGCUUCUGCUUGUGCCACAUCCUAUGGUCCUGUACUUGACCUUCAGUCUCUUGCUGCCAGUCAACGUCCAUGGCAGUAUGCUUUCGGCGUAGAGAAUGAGCAAGGUGAGGUCUUUGUUCGCGCUUUUGUUGCUGCCAAGCAGGCAGCAGCCGGACAUCAUUGCGAUUGUCAUCCAGCCUCUGGAGCAUCAAGACCUGCUGCGACUCCUCGGUUGUCUGCCAAGGAACACCAUCAUGUUGCUGUCGGGGGCACUUUCGAUCAUCUGCAUAUUGGUCACAAGCUCUUGCUUACCAUGACCGCAUUUGCCCUCGACCAGACCCAGGCUGAGUCUGUCCUGACGAUAGGCAUCACAGGCGAUGAGCUACUCAAGAACAAGAAGUAUGCCGAGCAAUUGGAGAGCUGGUCCGAUCGACAAUCGUCCGUCCACCGUUUCCUUGAUGCUAUAUUGAAUUUCGCUUCUGCUGAUGCUGCACAACCUACAAUGGAAGAGAUACACGGGCCAGGUCCAAAUGGACAUGCAGUCAACAUCAAGUAUCCUAAUGGUCUGAGUGUGCGUUGCGUCGAGAUCUGGGAUCCAUACGGUCCGACAAUCACUGAGAAAGACAUCUCCGCUCUCAUUAUCUCUGCGGAAACUAGAGCUGGUGGCAGUGCGGUCAACGAUAAGCGUAUUGAGAAUGGAUGGUCCCCACUGGAUGUUCUGGAAGUCGAGGUGCUAGACUCCAACGAGACCUCAAGUGCCGUAUCGCAGCAAAACUUCGAGGGCAAACUUAGCAGCACCGAGAUCAGAAAGAAGCGUGCACAGAAAACAUCAUCAUUAUAG